AUGCUUUCUUCGCGUUACCUUCUGUUUUUACUUCUUCCUCUCCUUUUCACCGUAAAUUCUGAAGCCGACGACCAACUAAUUUUCCGGUACCACAAAUGUAACAAUGAUCUCGGAAACUACACCGGCGGCAGCGCCUAUCAAAACAACCUUGCCGCCGUUCUAAGAGAUAUUUAUUCCAACAGAGAAAUAGACUAUGGAUUCUACAAUUUCUCUAAAGGCGAAAAUCCCGACAUAGUAAACGCAAUCGGAUUCUGCAGAGGAGACAUUAAUCCAAGCGACUGCCGUGACUGCUUGAAAACCUCCGCAGUACUUCUCACAGAUCGGUGUGCAGUACAGAAAGAGGCGAUAGGUUACUACGACAUAUGCACCUUACGGUAUUCGAACAAAUCAAUUUCCGGUGUCAUGGAUACUUAUACCGGUCAAUAUUACAACAUCGAAAGCAAAACAGUGGUGGAUGAUGUGUUUAAUCAAACACUUUAUGGCUUGCUAGAUGAACUUAAAAGCACGGCGGCGGAAGGCGAUUCGCGUAAGAAGUUCGACGAAAAGAGUGUUAAAGUAAAUGAAUUGAAUUCUAACAAUGAGACUAUACAUGGUAUGGUUCAGUGUACGCCAGAUUUAACAAAACAAAAUUGUACUAAAUGUUUGGAUUUAGCUUUCGGUGAUCUUUCAAGGUGGUGUCCAGAAAUGAAAGGUUGUUUGUAUCUUGGACCUAGUUGUUCGGUUAGAUACGAUAUAGUUCCGUUUUCGCAGUCCAUAGAUACAGAGUCGCCGGCACCACAACCUUCUUCUCAAGAAAUUUCUCCUAAAACUUCCACUAAAACUUUCACUAAAGGAAAGAGGAGGAAAAUAAGAACGGCCAUCGCUAUCGUUUUGGCAUUUGUUGUAGCUGGCAUAGUGGUUGUUGGUGGAUGUAUUUAUUUUAAAAGGAGAAAGCCAAGAUCCGAAUAUUCGGCUGAAAUUGAAGUCCAAGAGACAUAUGAAGAUGAAGAUGAAGUUAAAGCUGGCAAUGAUCUUAAAGUUGGUGAUUUGUUGCAAUUUGACUUUGAAACCAUCAAAUUAGCUACAAGCAACUUUUCUGAUGCAAAUGCGCUUGGUCAAGGUGGAUUUGGAACUGUUUAUAAGGGUACACUCGAUGGACAUGAUGUUGCUAUCAAAAGGUUGGAUAACAAUUCUAAGCAAGGAGAAACAGAAUUCAAAAAUGAAGUAUUACUUACAGGAAAGCUUCAACAUCGAAAUUUAGUUAAACUACUAGGUUUUUGUUUACAUAGAGGAGAAAGACUGCUAAUAUACGAGUUUGUCUCUAAUAAAAGUCUCGACUAUAUCAUAUUUGAUCCAAUCAAACGUGCGAAUUUAAAUUGGGAAAGACGUUUCAAAAUCAUUAAAGAUAUUGCUCGUGGUCUUCUCUAUCUUCAUGAAGAUUCUCGACUACAAAUUGUUCACCGUGAUCUUAAAACAAGUAAUAUUCUACUAGAUGAUGAUAUGAACCCAAAAAUUACAGAUUUUGGCAUUGCAAGAUUGUUCGCCGCCAAACAAACCCAUGGCAUGACAAGCACGAUUAUUGGAACUUAUGGAUAUAUGGCUCCAGAGUAUAUCAAACAUGGAGAAUUCUCAAUCAAAUCAGAUGUAUUCAGCUUUGGUGUAAUUAUUUUAGAAAUUGUCUGUGGCCGCAGAAACACCAAGGUUCGUGACGGGGAAAAUAUAAAAGAUCUAUUAGACAAUGCUUGGGAAAAUUGGAAGACAGGGACAAGUUUAGAUAUUGUAGAUUCAAUAUUAGAGCAAGGUUUUAAUAAGGAAAAAGAGAGAUGCAUUCAUGUUGGAUUACUGUGUGUUCAAGAAGAUAUAGAUGUGAGACCAAGUAUGAGUUCUGUUUUACUAAUGCUUAGUAGCACAUCUUUUCCACUUCCAGAACCUUCAGAACCUCCAUUUUUAAUGCAAUCCAAAAGGGCAUUAUCUAUAUCAUUAAGUGAUCAAUAUUCAGGUCUCACAAAAUCAACUGAUUCAGGAUCAGGAAGUCAAUUUACUCAAGGAUCAACAACUAAGUCCUCAGUUACAGAUCAAUAA